AUGUCCCAAUCUAACAAUCAGGAUGCCAACAACCCUUUGAAUCGAUGCAGAGAGUUCGUCGAUGUUUACAUCAGAACGAUCCAGAAUCGGCGAAAUGCCUCAGAAGGCCAUUCGGCCGAGUCCCGAGGAGCAUCAUCCGUCCCUCCUUCCGUCGACCCAAACGAUAUCGAAGAGAACGUGAUUGACAACUGGGUGGAAGCCGAAAAUGCCAAUACUCCUUCGACCGCGAUUCCGGAGGAUGAGGACUCUGUAGGAGAUGACGAGAGCACGCCCCCUACCUAUGAUAUUGGUCCAGCAAGUAAUUCCGCAACUCACCCCACGAUGCUGGGGUUUAUGUUCACAACAGAACAGACCGGGAUUGCCGGAAAAAGUGCCGUAAUCCUCUGCACCAACACGUCCCCUCAAGGCGCGUCUUACGCCAGGUGGAUGCAAGACCAAGUGAAUAGCGGGGGUCGUGAUAGGCUAUGGAACAGGAUCAGUAUAGAUGACGCCAUCACGCUUUAUGCGGGUGAUCUGGAUCAGGACAGGAGAGAUGCAGUAUCGGGCUGGAUAUCGAUAGGGCUUGAUGAGUUCUGGAGGACGGGGCAGUCAACAUUUAAUCUGGUACACAGAGGUGCCUCGGUGGAAGAAGAUGCUGCCCAGAGCCGAGAGAGAUGA